AUGUCCGCGGAAUUGGUGUUUGCAGUUGUUGGUGGCGCAGAUCUCUGUCUCAAAUACGGCAAUAUUCUCAUACAGGCGUACCAGGAUCUCAAGAAUGCUGAUGAAAUUGUUUUGAGUAGGGUAGUCUGGCUCGAGGCAUUCUGGAGCCGGACCGUAAGUCAGAUUGAGUUCGUCAAACGCGUGGCUCAAACGAUGGCGCCUGAGCAUUGCAGGAUUCACAUUGAAGUGUUUGAAAUCCUCAGAGCAAGACUUACGAAUGCGAAAUCUCGACUUAAAUCACUGAUCGAACCCUCACACCAAGGAAACCCUGUGAAGAAGUGGCGAGUACCAUUUCUGAGAUCAUCUCUCGAUGACAUGCGUGAACAGCUCGAGAUGUGGCAACGUCUGUUCGAUCCCACAUGGUACUUGAUCCUAAGGAUUGAGAAUGAGGUGAUAGAUAAAGAGUUCUCCAGGAGUCUAUCCACAGCUGCGAACACUAUCAACACAACUCUUGUACACAUAAUAUCCCCUCUGUUUCUACCAGGAAAUGGCCUUGACUGGACGAAAGCGGAGACCGUCGCGUAUUCGACAACAACGAUGGUUCCAAAGAUUGGCUCCUCUAGGAAGUACGCUAUUGAUUCUAUCGACUGUCUCUCAAGUGUAGAACUGGCCCAACUCCGAGCUGAUACAGAACGACUAGCGCACAAAUUGCAGCACGUUGAUCCUGAUGUUUUUGGCCUCUUGAAGUGUUAUGGUCUAGUCAAGAGAAAAAGCCCGCUGACCCGCCAAAUCUCGUCAAUUGAUAUGGUAUUCACUCUACCUCCACAAUCUGGAACACCAAUCAGCCUUAGGCAACAGUUAUUGCAACCGCAAGUCUUCAGUCUAACACGAGUCCUAGAGCUAGCUCGACAGAUCACGAGUGCAGUAAGCUUUGUUCAUACCUGUGAUUUUGUUCACAAGAACAUACGGCCUGAGACAAUUCUUUCGUUUGCCUUCAAUGGUGCGAACGACGCCAAUGCUUCAAGGGUUACGUACUUGCUGGGCUUUGACACAUUCCGCAGCGUCAACUUCCAUACAAUGCGGACUGGGGACAAUUUUUGGGAGCGAAAUCUGUAUCGCCACCCAUCGCGCCAAGGUUUAAAUGCGCAUGACAAGUAUACUAUGCAACAUGACGUGUACAGUAUUGGUGUUUGCCUUCUGGAAAUUGGCCUAUGGUCAAGUUUCGUGGAUUAUGGAGAUGGCACCGAAACGCCCGUCGGAAAUACUACGCCAUCUAAGGCUUUAGGUUUGAAAACUGAGGAUUUCGAACCUAGAGCAAUAGGAUGGACGGUAUCAUACGGCCAUAUAAAGGAUCACUUGGUUGACUUGGCCCGGUCUAGCCUGCCCAGGAGAAUGGGUGAUAAGUUUACUUCUUUGGUCAUCACCUGUUUGACAUGCUUGGAUCAUGACAGCGAAGACUUCAAGGAUCAAGAGGAAAUGCAUGACGAGGAUGGCGUCCUACUUGGUCUAAAGUUCAUCGAAAAAGUAGUGUUCCGCAUCAGCGAAGUCUCAUUUUAA